AUGCAACUCAGCCAUUCCCGUUUCCUAUCAUCUGCAUCCAAGUUGACUGCCCUUUCAUCCCACGAGUCGCGAGCUGGUGGGACCCUAGGAUUUUUCACUUGCGGAUACCUUACCCAACCUAGACUUUGGAUUGUCCUACGACUGACAAGCACAGCCCUCGCUCUUGUUCACGGCUCUUGUUCUCGUCGCCUCCAAGGACCGAAUCCGUCGACGUGUCGCUCAUCAGUGCGCCAAAUUGGUGAUGAAUUGUUCCGGAAAGCGGAAUCCGGGACGUGGGUGCUGGUCCCUGGGUCGCGGCUCCAAGCUGCCCCCUGGUCCUCCCAUCGCCCUACUCUGAAAGAUGGGACGCCAUCUUCGCCAUGCCACGCCUUGAGGCGCCUUUCGGGUUUACUCGGACAGAUGGCAGAUCGUGGACACCGGCUGCUCGGGUCCUUUGUGUUCGGGAGGCUGAAGCCUGCUCGCCUCACGUCCUUCAUGCUUUCGGACAUCAUCUCUCGGCCCCGAAGAGUUCAUUCCAACUUCUGCGUCUAG